CAAGAGAAUUAGAGAACUUUCUCCUCCGCCGCAGCAGCAAAUUAAGAGAGUUCUCUCAGAACCCUUUUAUUUUCUUCCCUUUCUCCGGUAAGCUCUUUUUGUAUGGUUUUCUUUGCUUUUGUUCUCAUCACCAUAAUCACCUUCACUAGAUUUGCAUUUUCUUCUCUAGAUUACAGCCACCGCGCGAAAAUGGCAGCUCCCAACAAGCAGCUUGUCCUGACGGUCAUCAGGUUUUUAAAAGACCACAACUUGCAUGCUACAGCACACAUGCUGGAGCAGGAAUCUGGUUGUCACUUUGAUAUAAAGUAUUUUGAGACACUGGCAAUGGAGGGGAAAUACGAGGAAGCUGAAAAAUACCUCUCGGGGUUUACUACCAUGGACGAUAACUGGCAUUCAAUGUGGGUUUUUUUUGAACUCAGGAAACAGAAGUACCUCGAAGCUCUGGAGAAGAAGGACCUUCUCAAAGCUUUGGAUAUCCUUUUGAAGGAAUUGCAAGACUUUAACAGACAGAGCGAGACGAUCUUCAAGGAAGCCAUGGCACUUCUGACCCUAGAAAAUUUUAGGGAGCAUCCUUCGCUUGCUGGAUAUGGAGAUAUGCAGCUUGAAAGGCUGCACAUGGUACACUCCAUCAAGAAAAGUUUGCUUUGGAAUCCAAAGCUGCAAGGCAAACUGCAUCUUCCGGGCACCAACAACUUUCACGUUGAGGAUAUGGUCGUGAACGGAGAGGCAGGAGCGGCUCCGCUGGGUGGCAGGCAUGGAAAUGAACCGGGGAGAAGGGACUGACUGAAUUCAUCACAUCUUCAUUGUGCCAAGGGAGAAAUUUAUGUUUCAGCAUCGUAGCCAGUGUGGAGAAAUUACUGUUUACUCAGCCUUGGAAUUUUGCUUUUGUGAAUGUUAUGAAUAAAUUGUGUUUGUUAUC